UGCGUUGAUCAGCGAAACUAAAAUAUUGAAUCGUACCUUUCGUGUGAUGUUGAUGAUGAUCUGAAACACCUCUGCUAAAAAGAAUGCGCGUAUUUUCGUACGAUACAUGGAAAAGAUGUUCGUAUAGUAUCGUUCUGUAAAAUCUAGUGGGAAAAAGUUUCAUCGUUUAGAUAAUUGAGAUCGAAAAACUCGUGGUGUAUUCGCCAUGGAUAGAAGAAAAAUGUCUACAGCAGGGGAUUCCCUCUAUCAGAUUUUGGAAAUCCCAAAAACUGCCACUUCGGAGGAUAUUAAAAAGACAUAUAGAAGAUUGGCUUUGAAAUAUCAUCCUGACAAAAAUCCUAAUAAUCCAGAGGCAGCUGAAAAGUUUAAAGAAAUAAAUAGAGCGCACGCUAUACUGACAGAUCUUACAAAACGUAACAUAUACGAUAAUUAUGGAUCUUUGGGUCUGUAUGUUGCGGAACAGUUUGGAGAAGAAAAUGUUAAUGCUUACUUUGUUGUCACUUCUGGAUGGUGUAAGGCAUUGUUCAUGUUUUGUGGACUGAUUACCGCUUGUUACUGUUGUUGCUGUUGUUGCUGCUGUUGCAAUUUCUGUUGCGGUAAAUGUAAACCAACUCCCCCUGAAGAUAGCGGUGCAUACCAUAAUUUACAGCGGAACCCGAAUCCAGAGGCUGUUGUGACAAAUCAACCGAGAGGUUUUGGCAAGGAAGACGAGAGCGAUGAUGAUGCUGUGACAGCUCAACCUCAAAGUGCAUCCCAAAAUGCAUCCAAUAUACAGCAACCUAUAUUUGCCAUGCCUGCACCAGGAUCAGCGGCACCAACAGUUAACGAAAGCACGAAUCUAAACAGCGGCGGUGAACGUGUGAUUUAUACCACUGGUAUUACGAGUUCUUGAACGUAGAAACGGCUGCUACAAACCCAUUUAUAGGAGCCAAUGCAGCUACAACUGACACCGGAUCAUCCAGAUGGUAGACCCAGCAUAUGGAAAAUUAUCACACGAACAUUCAAUUUAUAUUUCUAGUGCCGGAUCUUUACAAUAGCCCAUUAACAUAGAUCAUAAGUUCAUUGUUUUGAUAAAAUAUGCUGCAAUUAGUUUAAUAUAAUGACUCUUCUUUUUCUCUUUCUAUUUCUUUUUUUCUUGUAUGCAGUCUUUAUUAUCUUUUCUAAUUAUUCUUAUUUUUCUUUUAUUGUAUUUUGUAUGAUAGCGCUACAACUUUUUUCAUAUCGAAAUAUUCACAUUAUUAUAAAAAAAUUAUACAUACCUCUCCAUUCAUUAACACAGACAGCUUUUGGAAACAACCGUUAUGCUCACAAUAGAGUUCAGUUUGAACUAUUUAAUUUGAUAUAUAUUUAUUACAAUUUAUAUUUUUUAAUUUAAAAGAUAAAAGGUGGUAGCUACUUUUGGUAGGACACCCUGUAUGUACACACACACACACACAUUAUGAAUAAUUAUCAGAUUAUGUUUAUUCAAUUGGUCUUGAAUUAAGUAUAUACAUAUUAUCUUGUAGCGCGACUUUCCAUUAAGAAAAUAUAAUAUUUUACACAAUUUCUUGAACAUGUAUAGAAAUAUAUAUCAUGUUUGAAUUUUUUGAAUUUGUAAAGUACUUCGUUUUCUUUUUAAUAUUUUUUUUAAUGGAAUCUUUAAAAGAUUAACGCAUAUACAUAUAUGUGAAGAAUAUGAAAUAAGAUGAAGCCUUGAUAAAAGAAAUAUAUAAAUUCUUACAUUAUCGAGAUAUGAAAUUACUCAAUCGAAAACAUGAUCAUCUGUUUUAUUUCCUUAGAAUAUAUUAACACAGUUAAAAUUAUUGGUAUUUUAAUUUAAACAUCCAUUUUAAAUCAACUUUUUAAGUUAACAUAUAAUAAUUUUAGUAUAAUAAUUAUGCAGAGAUAAUAUAAAUAGGAAAUAUGAAAGUAUCUCAAUAGCAAGAAAGUAUAUUCUUUAAUGAAUUUCAAGUCUGCUAUUCUCAAUGAAGACUUAAUUAUUAAAAUUGUGCGACUUUUAACGUUUAUUUGAAACGUUGAUAAAUAGCAAAAUCCUAUUAUUUUUCACUCAAAUUUAGUACAUUUUUAAAUUUGUUUUAAUUUUUUAAAGAAAAAUUUCUUUAAAUAUUGUAUCUUGAUCUUAAUAAUUGAUGUAUAUCCAAGUAGCAAGGUGACGUCAAAUGACGUUUUAAUAUCUUAUUGACGUUAGAAACGUCAUUAAGACGUCAUUUGACGUCAUUUUGCUACUUGGAUAUUUAUCAUUGAAAUUGGUUGUAAAGUAAUACAGCAACUUGCGUAAAAUUCCACGAAAAAAAUUCAACCCAAAUUAAUCUCUCGAAUUUUUGCGAUGCACUCUAUUGUUAUUAGCUAUUAAUGAUAAUAAAAGAAUCGCAAAUUUGCAUAUAUGAAUAAUUUUUAUGAAAAUCUAUAUGUAAAAACUUGUGUUGCGAUAUAAUAAUUUACAAUAUAAAUAUCCUAUGUGUGCUAAAUUUCAUACUAUAUAUACAUCUGUGACAUCUAAGAGUGACAUACUAAAAGUAUUAUCAUAUUUGAGGAUAUAAUAUAUAACAUCGAUCUUAAAUUUAGUUUAAUUUAGAAAUUUAUUUUGUUUUGUUUGUUUUAUUUAUCUCAUUUUAUGAUUACCUAAAAAUCACAUUUUCAUCUUACACAUCGCGAUUAGAUGACCGAUAGUAUAAUUUAGUAUUUUUAGCAGGUUUAAUUCACGAAGCUUUUUUCUUUCAAAGAAAGAGUAUUGAAUAGAAUAAUCAAAUUAGUAAAAUAUCAAGAAUAGAAAAAUAAAUAUUGGCAAAGCGAAAUGUUACACAUUUUUUUAAGAUAUUUCAUCUACACAUUAAUUAUUACACACUAAUGAAUAUAUCAAGAAUCACAAUUUCUAACAUGUACAGAAUGAUUUGUUCGAGUCAUUUAUUCCACUAAUCUAGUAUUUAAUACCACUAGUCAAAAGUUGUUUGGACAAAGCUGUUAAAAUAUAUAUAGGUCACAUUAUCAUUAUUGGAAACAGUUUUGCUCUUAGAAUGACUCGGAGUUGUAUAUUUUAUCGGCCAUACACGUAGUAUAUUGACUAUUAUAUGAAGAUGAGAGAGAAUUAGAAUGCCUUUUGGUGUGAUGUGUAUUUCAUAAUAUUGUUUAGGUUUAUCUCUCUCCACGCGUAAUAUUUUGUAAAAAGUAUAAUCCCAUGUAUACCAAUAACGUAUCGCUAUGUAUAUGUAUGUAUGUAUAUCGAUUAAUUUGAACAUUUACGCCGCAUCGAUUAAAUGAUGCACACAGCAUGCCUACGAUAAGAUUUCUUUAAUUAUAAAUAUUUAUCUGUAUUGUCCAAAUUAUUAUGUAAAUGACAAAUAUAUUGUCAAUCUGCAAGAAUAUUUUCAGGACUUCUAACAAUAUAAACGCAUAUGUAAUUUAUAUUGUAACGUAAAUGUGUGAGAGAUAAAGAUUGAACGUAA